AAACAAACAAAAAAAAAACCCAACUUGUGAGAAAAAGAUUUAGAGGAGUAACCUAGAGAGAGCAUAAAAAACUACCAGUAGAAGUUUCCAAAUGUAUCAGAAAUAGGAACUUGGUGGGGAUCAGGAGGCCAAUAAUUGAUGUAAAUGUAAGGAGGACAGGCGAGGCAAGACAGGGUUGAAACUCUGAACAGGUUAUUGGUGCUGAUGUCCACUUCGAACAUUGUCAGGGAAGUCCUCACACAGCGGCCACUCUCUGCAGUCUGAGGAACGUUAUGAACAGAACUGUCAACAGGGGAAGUUUUAGGGGAAAAUAAAGACAAAUAAUCUCCGGUAAAUGACCAGCCCAGAUGGCAUUCACAGUCAGUUACAGAAAAGUAAAGAUGACAUUUUUAUUUAUACUUCUAAGAAGUAGAUAUACUAUUUCUUAGAGCAGCAUCAGCACCAAAGAACUAUGUUAUUACAAUCACAUCCAUCUUAAGAGAGAUCCUUGCACAGGCUGAGGAAACACAGGUCACUAGGUUUGAUUUCAGCAUCAGGCAAGUCAGUAGAGACAAAGAAUAGAAUUUGCAGACACACAGAUAAAUAGGAGAAAACUCAAUACACCUUUUGUAGUGGGGAUUUUGGUGUGGUGGCAUCAAUGAGUGCAUAAACACAGUGAACUGAUCUAGACCUUGUGCUUAUGUUUGCAACAUGCUUUUAGUAGGAGUCUUCUAUCAUGGUCCUUAAGAAACUCAAUUGCCAUCAACUAAGAUAGAGAUUUCACCCACAGACUGGAACAAAGAAGUGGAAUAAGUUGACAGUGAUCACAGCAAAGUGGAGGUAUCAGUAGGUGUCAAUAUCAGACUUUGGUCAUGGGAAGUAAGAAUUCUAGAUUCCAGGUCCUAUUAAAACACAUGCCGUGUGGGGAUUGCAUUCAACCCAUUGGAUUUUCUAAAGAUUGUGGGAGAUUAUAUAUGAGACAUUUCUCCUGCCUUCGGAAACUGGCAGAAACUCAAGCCAAACAUGCAAUAAACAUUUUUCCUCUACCCUGCCCUCAAUAAUGAGCAAAGAGGACAGGACUCAUGAGCUGUCUACAGAGACCCCGGAAACUUAAUUUCCAUUUAGGCACGUGGGCUUGGCAGGAAUUGCCUGGAUUGGUGGCUAUCACACGUCCACGAACCUCAGUAUCGCAGCAUGAACACAUCCAUCCUCAUGUCAGAGCAGGCACAUGAGUUGUACUGUGAUUUCCGACUGCCUCCCUCCCUACUUUCAGGCUGAGCAGAAAGCUCUUUCUGAUUUAACAACCCCCAGGCACUAUUAAUCUAGCAGACCCCUAGAAUUUCUUAAGAGAAAACAUGAGAGCUCUUUUAAGCUAUUAUUUAUACUCUUGGUAUUGUGUUCUGGCUUCUGUUUACAUUGUCAUUUUUUUCAUGUACUGAGCCAAAUACUUGUUCCAGAGAAAAGUAUUGUUCUUUGCUUUGGGAGAGGAAACUCUGCAGAAAUAGUUGUAUAGAUAAACAUCAGUGCUCUUGUCCAACAUCACUGUUCAGUUUCCUCUUACUCUUUAUGCUCAAUAUGCUGAUGGGUCUUUUAUAACUUUGACUCCUGGGGAAAAGAGAAAAAAAAAGUAAUGCAAAAGCUGGGAGUUACUAUGUGUUAACUGUAAUGAAAAUUAAAAGAUUUCUCAGAAUGUAUAGAAAAUUGAAACUUUUAUUUCUGUCCCUCUGUCUUAGGCAAAAAAAUACACAGCAGAAGGUACACCUGAAUCAGUGGCAGAUGGUUUAGCAUUUAACAUUUUCGUCAGGAUGUUCAUAGGCCACACCUGAUGAUUUUGCACAGAAAAUAGGCGUAAUUGUUCAGUUAGCAGGAUGACAUCCACCCAAAGUUAUCAGAGGUCUUGGGACCCGUUGCUAUUAAAAGCAACAAGUACAGAAAUUGCUUCAAAUUUUGUGUCUGUUGCAGGGCAGCUGCAAUGUCUCUCUCUUACAAAAGCAUCCUUCAAAGUGGUACCUUCAAGCCUGGGGAGCACAGAUCAAUGUCAGCUGUGCUAAACCCCAGCCUGUUUCAAUACAUACAUGAGUUGUUUUCAGCCAAGUACUUCCAGAAUUCUGAUUAGGGUUUCAGGUUAUGGUUUCAUUCCAUUCAGAAUUCCGGUUAUGGUUUCAUUCCAGAGUUGUUGUAAUAUCACUAGAAGCCAUUUAAUGGAAACAGUAGCCCAAGAGGGCCUAAUGGGCCCCAGAUCAAAAGAUUCUGGGGAAUUCAGGGAUUUCAACUGCUUUUUUAUAAAAAAAGUUUUGAUCCUGAUAGGGAUGAAAAAAAACAAACUAUCCAAUUAUUUUGGAGGGAGGGAAGGAAGGAUGUGUGUAUAUUUAAAGCUAAAAUCAGCUGAAAUAUUGAACUAAAUAUACAGUUCUAUAAGGUAGGUACUUCAUAACAGUACAGCUGUUGGCAUGUGAGGUUUUCUCCGUGAGUUACAUGUUACUUAUGUCAUUGUUAUUUUUCUCUAGUAUUGCUCUGGGCUAAUUGCAUACCAGGUAUUUAAAAGAAAUGUCAUUCUGCGGAACUAGGAAGCUGCGGAACUUGUUUCUCUAGGCAUGCCCAUCCAGAAAAGGACUGGUGGGACAUGCCUCCCCUUCCCCACUGCAUUUACAAUGUCUGGUGCUCAGAAAAUGCAUUUGCCUUGGACAUGCGCAGUACUAAACCCUCUUCUGAUUGUACCACAGUAGCAGAGGGACAAGGCUUCCUCAUAAGGAACACUCGGCUGGAAAAGUGCAUUCGCAUCUCCCACCACAAGACCAACAGCAUCAGCCUGACCAACUGCAAGGAGCACUCCCUGCAGCAGCAGUGGAGCUGGGACCCCACCACCAGGACUAUCAUCAGCCUUCAAACAAAGCAGUGCCUGUCAGCCCACAAGACACUAGAGUACACACUGGUCACCCUGGAGCCCUGCGGGGACUGGGAGCGCCAGGCAUGGUCCUGCAGCAAGAAGGGACACUUGACUCUACAGAGCUUGGGUUUCCACCUCAGCACCAAGGAUGGAGGCCAGAAGGUCUUUGUCUCACGGGAGAAGGACAAAUUCAGCAGGUGGAAGACUUUAGCGGAUGAAACCAUCUGUGCUGUUGCCCACACAGCAGCUCUGAAGGCCAGUAAACCAACACAAGAAGCUGUGGACACAUGGAUGUGGAGCUAUGAAACUAAAACCAUUGAUUCAUCAAAGACUGAUGCCAUGGAUGGAGAAUCUUCUGUGGGCUUGACUGACCCACCUCUGGCUAACAAAUUUAACAGCACAGUGUCUCCAGCGAAGACCAAACAGGCGUACCUCCCAGUAAAUGAGGAUGCGUCCCACAAUCACUCUAAAAAGCACCAUGGAAAUCGAGGGAAAAAUGCUGGGGCCAGACUUGCAGGCACUAACUGGAAGACGGCAAUGCUGGUCCUCAGCCCCUUGGCAUUCAUACUGGGAUUGAUAAUACUGACACUCAAUGUUCAUUACAACAAGAAGAAGAAGAUCCUCUCUGCUCUGAAGAGCUCCCCAGCCAACAGCAGCAGAGCUGACUUACGGGAGCCAUCUCCCUUACGAAGAGGUCCCCAGCCAUACCUUCCACCAUCUCGCUCCCCUUCAUUGAGGCAUGGAGAGAUCCUCAUUGAGUGGAAAGAUGGGACUGUCACUCCUCUUUUUGAUAAUGCCUACUAUCAAAUGGACUAGCUCUGAAAUAACAGAGCUAUUGUUCCAUCCUGUGUCACUCUUUCCUCUGGGAAGAGUGCCACCAUAGCCAAUCUCCUCCCUAGCCUUGCUGUUUUGACAGGGAGUUCUAAGCACUAUUUGGGGAUAUUUUAACACUUGAGAGCAAUCUCCUUGUACAGCAUGAGGAUUCAGCAAGCAGAGCAGAUUGUUUGGUUUGUAUAGGCACACGCUGCUUACCUCUUCCAGAGCUGAUUUAACCCAUAGCCAAACUCAGAUUUAGCUAAAUGAAGCUGAGACUCACCAGCUGCAACUGUCCAUUGCCCUGUGACUUUAAACUUACUGAGGACAUGAGAAAGUAAAACCUUGGAGACAAGGUGUAGGUUAAAAAAACAAAAAGUCUUGGUGAUGCUUAAAUUCUUUUUUAAGAUAAAAAUAGCUGCCAACAGACACAGAAGGCUGUCAGUUACUUUUGUCAAUGUGAGAACAUAGCUAAGAAGCACUGCCUUCAAGACUCAAAAGAUUAGAGUCUUCUCCAAAUAUCUGCCAAACUACUCCCCCCACUAAGUUAUUAAGUAACAGCAAAUCAUUUUUCUAACUUAAAAAGGAGCAUGCCAUCGUCCUCUCUGCACUACUGCAAGAGUCUUGCUGAGAGAAUAUGCGUGUCUCAAAAUAUUCCCAUACCUAGGAUGUAGUGGACCUUACUGAAACACAUCCUCUUUCUUUAUGCAGAAUGACAAGUAAUGCUGGUGAUGCUUGUCAGGGAUAUUCCAUUAUCCUGCCUUUUUAUACCAGCUUCGAUCUCUGAUUUCCUAUAGCCGUAUCAAACAGUCAAAGAACUUGUAACUGCUCCCAUCUACAGUAGUAAUAAAUUCUUUCCCUAGAAAGGAGUAAAGUGCUGUUUUCAGCCUUUACACUCCUUCUAUGAGCACAAGCUCUGACCCAUCAAACUCAAUCCUGAUCUUUACUCAGUGAAACUUGCUAUGUCUUAGCACUUUCUUAAUGUACACCAAUUUAUACUUUCCUUCUCUCUGAUCUCUUGAUGAUGUAAACCGUAAUCACAGGUAUAAAUCAGGAAUUAUUUGGAGAAAAAAAUACUAACACCAGGAGAGUACAAGCAUGAAGCUGCAUCAGUAUAUUUGUUCAGCAGAGCAAAGGAAACCAUAUCCUAAACUGACUCUUGCUCAGACUUAAAUAAUUUUCACUUUACUUAAAUUAAGUUGCUGUGCUAUUUCAGUGGAGCUCGGACUUUGGCUCUAGAGUUUGAUUUUACCUACCCUAAGGCAGAAAGUCUCUAGGGAAUUUAAAGUCUCUAACUUUUUCAUUACUAUUAUUAUCAUUUUAUUUUCCUUUUUAAACAUAGAUCUACAGCCUAGUAAAAAGAUAACUGUCACUAGGUAUGACCAAAAACUCAGCUGAUCUCAAGAAAGAAAUACAACCUUAUUGGUUCAGGGCAUUAAAAAUCACGCGGGUUCUUUCCCCAGGCAGGUUAUCCCAUAAUUAUUUGCUGGAAAGUUUCCCACACGCUCCUUGUGGAAAUAUUUUACUACUAGACAUAAGCAGAGGAAGAACUCUUUCUUUACCAGUGAAGAGGUCAGAGUUAAAUUCUGUCAUUCCAAUGAUUCCACUUUAAAACAAAUUCUAACACUUCUUACUCAAGUUUCCAAGUGUGUAAUCAUCAUUCCACACAAAAUUUGUGGGAAUACAUUCUCUACAUAAAUCCCUCAAAACGCAUACACGGUGCCCCACCAAUUAACAUGGUUACAUCCCUUGGACCUUUUUCAACCACAAUUAAGAUGCCUGCCUUUGAAAUUUCAUCUAAGGAGCACAUCACCUUACAGUACACGGUGCUUGUUACCCACCAAAGCCUUUGGGAACACUAUGUAGGCAGAAUUGCCACUAGAAUGCAAACACUUACAUGGAGCUCAGCUAAUGCUGUGCUUUCCAAAGCAGCAAGUGCUUACGUUCAUUACUGCUGAAUGAGCAGAACCGAUGACUUGUUGAUGACUCUCUAUAAUUAAUACUUAAUAUGCUAAUCUCGCUUCUACACAUGAAGGCAGUAAUACCAUUGUUUACAUAGCAUUGAUUAAAUGGUAGGUCAAACAAUUGUGAAAAAAUACAACUGUGAAGCAGCACAGGCUUUUCACUCUUUUUUACCCUUCUCCUUUACCAUUUGUUAUCUUUUAGUUAUUUCUCACUGGUUUACCUAUGUUAGAUGCUAGAGACCACAUUUUCCAAGGUAUGGACAGAGGAGCUGAAGGUGAGUCUUCAAAACAAGAGAUCUUGAAAAGCAGAUUAAUUAAAUGCCAAUCAGGAAAGACUGCGAAACAACUGAUUCUGCCUUGGGGAUGGACUAGGUGACAUCCUCUCCAUCCUCUGCUUCUGAAGACAGCUGAGAAACACUCAGAGCAACUGCACAACCUGCGUGCUAUUCACUCUUUGCCUGAAUGCAAUACUUGUUAACAGCAUUCAUAACCAAAAUAAAACCUGACUGUAAAGCAGAAGAGCACUGAAACUGUUUAUGGGUGUAUAUAUAUACAUAAAUACUAAAAAAUGCUUAUAGUGCAUCCUUUUUUGU